AUAAUUCAUAAUGGCCAUCUAUCUACUGUAGUUGAUAGAUGUGCACAUUCAAUAGAAACAAUCUCGCCUGUAUACUGUCACAAAAUUGUGGACAAAAAUCAAGAAAAUGGAAAUGACCACACAAUCUCUUUCUUAUGCCAAGGCUAAGGCUAAUUCUCCAUCUCCAGCCUUUUUUCCAGCUAAAUCAACGGUUUUUGCUCGUUCUUCUGUCAGUUUUCUGGGCUAUAAUUGCCUGCCCAGAAAGCUACAGUGUAGUGCAAGACAGCUGAGGAACUUUGGAGCUAUAAGUGCUUCUGAUUCUGAAACCAGUCCUACAAAUAAUUCGGUUAGAUGGCUUCUCGAACCUGUAGGUGAUGGUGAUUCAAGACACAUAGGCUAUAAGACUGCAUUGCCUGAUGCAUUUGAAAUAGCUUCCAAUGUAGUCACAGUUGGACGCACUGCAGGGAAAGCAGAUAUCGUGAUUCCUGUUCCAACAGUUUCUGGUGUGCAUGCCCGGAUUCAGAAGACAGAAGAGAGUCUUUUGAUCACGGAUCUGGACAGCACAAAUGGUACAUUUAUUGAUGAAAUACGGCUUCAACCUGGAGUUGUUGCUGCUGCAUCUCCUGGGAAUCUCAUUACGUUUGGGGACACCAAUUUAGCGAUAUUCAAAGUGUCCAAGCUUGAAGUUGAACCGGAGAAUCCAUCUGAAACUAAAUCAGAAGACGAGCCAAGCAGCAUCUCAGAGUCGACAAGCUGAUAUUUUUUCCUCUGUACACAGAGCAUUUGAGAAAAUAAGUGUUUUAUUCUAAUUUUCGAGCAAUGCUUGUACCAUCUAUUACAUCUGUAUUCGUCAGUCGAGAUGUUAAAGUUUUUGCAUAUUCUGUCGAACUUCAUAUUACAAAAACUUUUAUCGAAAUUCGACUAUUCGUACUUUGACCUA